CCGCCUGCAAUCGCUUCACCUUAUUAGCUGAUUUUGCUGUCCUUCCCAGUGGCCCGCCUCCCUUGCUCGCGGGCGAUAUUUUUAUUGGCUUUCGUCUGCGAGGCGUCCAAUCUCAUUGGUUUGCUUUUCUGUUCGUCAGGCUUGGGCGCCUGGUGAAAGGCGGAGAGCGCGUCACUAUUGGGGCUGGAGGCCCCGCCUCCGCGUGCCGUGUGCAAAAACAAACAGCCGUUAGGAAGGCGGUGCCGGGGGGGCGGGGUCUGGCUAGAAGGAGGCGCGCGAUUGAACAGCCGCUGGGGUUCGAACCAGCAAGACAAGCAGGCAUUGGCCACAGCAGCGCGAGGCGGGCACGGGGUAUUGUCCGGCUCCGGCGGCGGCGGUCGGUGCUGCGAGAGCGGCGGCGGCGGCGCGGGUCGGCAGCGGUAGGGCGCGCGGCCGAGUGGAGGCAGAGUCGGCGCCGAGAACAUGGCUGGAGGCAAAGCUGGAAAGGACAGUGGGAAGGCCAAGGCUAAGGCAGUAUCUCGCUCACAGAGAGCUGGGCUACAGUUUCCUGUGGGCCGCAUCCACAGACACUUGAAGACUCGCACCACAAGCCAUGGAAGGGUGGGUGCCACUGCUGCCGUGUACAGUGCUGCGAUUCUGGAGUACCUCACUGCAGAGGUGCUGGAGCUGGCAGGUAAUGCUUCUAAGGAUCUCAAAGUAAAGCGUAUCACUCCGCGUCACUUGCAGCUUGCAAUCCGUGGUGAUGAAGAGUUGGAUUCUCUUAUCAAGGCUACCAUAGCUGGGGGUGGUGUGAUCCCUCACAUCCACAAAUCUCUGAUUGGAAAGAAGGGACAGCAGAAAACUGCUUAGAGGGAUGCUUUAACCAACCCUCUUCCUCCCCGUCAUUGUACUGUAACUGGGACAGAAGAAAUAAUGGGGAUAUGUGGAAUUUUUAACAACAGUUAAAUGGAAAAGCAUAGACAAUUACUGUAGACAUGAUAAAAGAAACAUUUGUACGUUCUUAGACUCGAAGUUUGAUAAAAGUACCUUUUCAUGUGGUGACAGUUGUGUGUUGAUUGGCUAGGUUUCUCCCGUAUGUUUUAUACAAAAAUGGAAUUGAUAAAUCAUUUUUUACAAAAUUAAUUUGUCUCAAAACUGUUCUGUUCAUGAUGUAUUAGAAAUAUUUUGCUCAGACUUUAAAUAUUUUAAAUCUCAGAUUGGUUAUUCAGAGUAACCUUAGAACAGAAAUUGGGAAUAUAGCUUUACAAUGAUUGAUACCAUGGUAUAUUGACUCUUAGAUGCUAUUGAUCUGUAGCACCAUUUUUUACAAACCACUAAGAAAAAAACUUGCCAAUUAAAUCAUGAUACGCCAUCAAUUAUGAGACAUCCCAAUUUGAGAGAUGUUAGAUUAUAGAAAAGUAUGCAUUUAUGACUGAAAUGGUAGUGGAAUUAUUUGAAUUCUAUACUGAGCACUUACCAUGUGCCAGGCCCUUUGCUGAGUGCUCUACUGACCAAGAAAUUUUAUUCCUGUCACAUUAUAGAUAGUGGAGCCUAAGGGUCACAGAAAUUGUAUGCUAUGCCAAAAAACAUUGAACUAGUAGAUAGAAAAUGACAGAGCCAGGAUUCAAACCUAGAUCUGGCUGACUCCAGAGCCUAGUUUUAACUGGAAUUGAUGUUCAGUUUAUCAAAGGUUUCUCCUUUUGGUUUAAAAUCCCAAUUUUUGGCCUGGCAUUAUGGUUUACGCCUGUAAUCCCAGCACUUCAGGAGACCGAGGCUGGUGGAUCACUUGAGGUCAGGAGUUCGAGACCAGCCUGGCUAACAUGGUAAAAUGCCGUCUCAGCCAGGUGCGGUGGCUCAUGCCUGUAAUCCCAGCACUUUGGGAGGCCAAGGCAGGCGGAUCACGAGGUCAGGAAAUCGAGACCAUCCUGGCUAACAUGGUGAAAUCCCGUCUCUAUUAAAAAAAAACAAAAAAUUAGCCGGGUGUGGUGGCACGUGCCUGUAGUCCCAGCUACUCAGGAGGCUGAGGCAUGAGAAUGACGUGAACCCGGGAGGCGGAGCUUGCAGUGAGCCGAGAUGGCGCCACUGCACUCCAGCCUGGCGACUGAGCGAGACUCUCUCUCAAAAAAAAAAAGUCUCUACUAAAAAUACACAAAUUCGCCAGGCAUGGUGUUACACGCAUGUUGUCCCAACUACGUGGGGCACUGGGGCACAAAAAAUCACUUGAACCCAGGAUGCAGAGGUUGCAGUGAGCCAAGAUCACGCCACUGCACUCCAGCCUGGGUGACAGAGUGCCACUGUGUCUCCAAAAAAAAAAAUCCCAACUUUUAGUAGUCUCUUAGUCAUGCAAUAACAGUAAUUUGUACAAUCUUUUAAAAAUUAUUUUUAUCAGUUUCUAAGAAACUUUUUUGUUUGUUUCGAGACAGGCUCUUGCUCUGUUGCCCAGGUUGAAGUGCAGUGGCAUGAUCCUGGCUCACUGCAGCCUCCACCUCUCAGGCCCAAGCAAUCCUCUUACCUCAGCCCUGCAAAUAGCUGGGAACACAGGCACAUGCCACCAUACCUGGCUAAUUUUUUUUAUUUAUGUAAGAGACAGAGGUCUCCCUAUGUUGCCCAGGUUGGUAUUGAACUCCUGGCUCAAGCCAUCCUCCCACCUUGGCCUCCCAAAGUACUGGGAUUACAGGCAUAAGCCACCAUGCCCUGCCCUAAGUAACUGUUACUUGAGUUAAUGUACUAGUUAAUUGACCCUUAGAAAAUUAUAUUUUUCUGCUUGUAAGUCUUCAUUAAAGAAGGAAAUUUUAAAAUAUUUUAUAGUAUAACGCUAUCCAAACUCAUUUUUAAAAACAUUUUAUUAUAGAAAUUUUCACAAAUAAAAAGAAUAGCAGAAUGAAGUCCGUGUACCCAUCCUCCAACAGCUGUCCUGUGGGUCAGUCUUGUUUACCUGCAUCCCCACCUAUCCCCUGCCCCAACCCACAGGGAUCAGUUUGAGUCCCAUUACAGGCAUAGUAUUUUCAUGUCUGUGUGAUCAGAGACAUAAUUCAACUAUAACUCCAAAGAUAGGGUACUUUUUUGAACAUAACCACAAUACCAUUGUGUAAGACUGCUAAAACAUUUUUUGAUGCCAAGUACCAGUCAAUAUUCAAACUUCCUGAUUGUCUUGUAAGUUUUUUUUAACAGUUGGUUUAUUUGAAUUAAGAUCCAGGCAAGAUCUAGAUCUCGCAUUUUGUUAAUAUAAUCUAUAGAUUUAACUUUCCUGUUAUUAAUUUUUGAAGAAACUAAGUUGUUUGUCCUAUAGAAUUGUCCCUCAGUGGAUUUUACUGAAUGUAUCCUAAUGGGAUCAUGUACACCUUUUCUGUCCCCUAUAUGUUCUAUAAACUGACAGAUCUAGAGGGCUUUUUUGUUGUUCUGUUUUGCUUUUUCACAGAAAUAAUUCAUAGGUGAAAUGAAUGGCUCUCAUCUUGUAACAUUAAGAUUGAUAGUGGGUUUGGAUGCUGCCAGCCCACUCCAUUCAUUACAAAAGUUCUCUAUCAGCUUUUCCCCUGAUGGAUUUUGCCAUCAUUAAUGAUAUUUGCCCAGAUCUGGGAUUCCAUCAGGGGUUGCCAACUGGUGAUAUUUUGUCAUUCCUUCUGCGUCUGUUAGCUGGAAUCCUAUAAAGAACUUUUGCUCGUUAAUUCAUGAGGCAGGAUAAAAUAGAAAUUUCAAAUUCUGAUUGAAUUAUCUAGGCACCCAUUUUGAAGUUUCUGUAUUGAGAGUCAGGCCUACAGUAAAAGUAGCAAUAGAAAGCUGAUUGUUUGGAAAAAAAAAAAGGGGGGGGGGUGUGCAAUAUAAUCAACAGACCUUCCUUGGGCUGAAUCACUUGAUUCAGGGCAAUUUUUACUACAGUUUUAUAGAUAAUUGCUUCAAAUGUCUAAUUCAUUUUGAUAGUAUAGUUACUUGACUACAUAAUUUCUUCCCAGGGUUGUAUUUUCACCUCGUUUUCUAACAAAAAACAUAGAAAUAGAACAACUAGGUCAUGUACUCUGGGCUUAGCUCUCACAGUUAUGAUCAGUCUCGUUUCAUUUGUACCCAACCCCUUGAGUUAUUUUAAAGCACGUUCUGGCUAUCAUAUCACUUCAUGUAUAAUAUCUUAAUACGUAGCUAAAAGAUAGAUUUUUUUUUAUGUUUUUUUUUUUUUUUUUUUUCAGACAGAGUCUUGCUCUGUUACCCAGGCUGGCGUGCAGUGGCACAAUCUCAGCUCACUGCAACCUCCACCUCCCAGGUUCAAGUGAUUCUUCUGCCUCAGCCUCCUGAGUAGCUGGGAUUACAGGUGCCUGCCACCAUGCCUGGCUAAUGUUUGUCUGUUCUUUUGUUUUUGUUUCUGAGACAGGAUCUCACUCUGUUGCCUAGGCUGGAGUCCAAUAGCCUAAUCUUGGCUCACUGCAACCUCAGCCUCCCAGGCAACUGGGACUACAGGCAUGCGCCACCAUGCCUAGCUAAUUUGUGUGUGUUUUUUGUUUGUUUGUUUAUUUGUUUAGUAGAGAUGGGGUUUCACCAUGUUGGCCAGGCUGGUCUCAAACUCCUGACCUCAAGUGAUCCACCCGCCUCAGCCUCCCAAAGUGCUGGGAUUACAGGCAUGAGCCACUGUGCCCAGCAUAAAAAGUAUUUCUUAUAAUUAAAAACAACACCCAGUCUAACUAGUAUAACACCUGAAAAAUUGUCAGAUCUGUAUUUUAGAUAGUACAACACAGUGAAGUGCAAUGGCACUUAAGCAGAGAGAAGAAGGAUUUUUCUUUUUCUUUUUUUAAAUAGAAGGUGUUAGAACCUGAACUGGGCCUGGUUUGCAUUUGGGAAGAGUCCAGUGGGGAAACAACACAAAUAAGGUCUUGAGAAUGAAGAAUGGUGUUUAUAUAGGGAGUUGUAACAAACGGCCUGGAGAGUAUCUGACUCUUUAUGAAACAUUUAAUGAGAAUUGUGACUCGCUUUGGUGCCUAUGGUUGAAUUUAUUGCGAUGCUUCUGACAUGAAAAUUUUCAAACAUGCAAACAAGUUCCAGUAGUUAUCCAGUGAAUUCUUAUACUCACCACCUAUAUCUAUAACUAACAUUUUACUUGUAUUUUAUCCAGUUACCCGCUCAUCUAUGAGAUGGCCCUUAUUUAUUUGCCUGCUGUUUUUAUUCUCUAUUUGUCCUGUUAUUUCUUGUUAGAGAAGAGAAGGUGUUCUUAGAUCGGAAGAUGUCAUUGUAUUAGGUGACUGCAAGGUGUUGCUGAUCUAGUGAAACAAGAUUCUACUGGGAUGUGUGCUGAGCUGAACCAAGGAACUGCCCGAAUGUGCUGAACAAGGACAUUUGCUUCUCAGAUAUGUGAAUUCAAUUUUAAGCAAGAUUCUUGAUCUGCUUCAGAGCAGCUUUGAUUUAAAGUAAUUUCAGAGCACUUUUCCUUGCAUAUGAGUAAUUUUCUGAAUGUAUAAAAUAUUCUAUUUAUGUUUGACCUUUUGGAUAAACUGUGUUGCAGUGUUGGUCCACACUACCAUCCUAAGUGAAGACUUAGUAAGUCUGAGAAUCUCCAGGCACUGGAAAGAGUGAGAACCUGGGAGUGAAGUUAUAGUUAGUGUCCAUUUUUCGGGUUUUGUUUCAUAGGGAGUCCUGAGUGGGGUAACCUGAAAUGUUUAACAGUUGAAGAUCAUCCCAUUCCUAUCCCCAGUAAAAAUAGGCCUUUCCACAAUCUUCUACCAAUUAACUUAGCUUUUUUUUUUUUUUUUUCCUUUAAUAGAGUCUCAUUCUUGUCACCCAGACUGGAGUGCAAUGGCACAAUCUUGGCUCACUGCAACCCUCCCUCCCGGGUUCCAGCGAUUCUCCUGCCUCAGCCUCCCAAGUAGCUGAGAUUACAGGCGCAUGCCACCAUGCCCAGCUAAUUUUUGUAUUUUAGUAGAGAUGGGGUUUCACCAUGUUGGCCAGGCUGGUCUCGAACUCCUGACCUCAGGUGAUCCACCCAUCUAAGCCUUCGAAAGUGCUGGGAUUACUGGCAUGAGCCAGCAGGCCCAGCCAACCAGCAUUUCUUAAGGUGAAAACACAUGGUGUUAAUUUAUAUUUUGAGUGAGACCCAGUCCAGCUGCUAUAACUGCUUGGACACUUGGCAGAGGACAGAGUACUGAAAAACUGUCUAAGGGAGACAGCAUUUUGCCUUGGGUGCUGUAGAUGUACAAGAGAGGUUCCAGGAGGGGGUGAUAGGCAGAAUUUUGGUCCCCAUCACCUUCCCUGCCCAGUGUUAUGCCUGUGAAUGUGUUACAUUAUGUGGUAAAAGGGACUUUGCAGAUGUAACUAAAAUUUCUAAAAUAGAGAUAUUAUCCUGGAUUACCUGGGGGAACCCAGUGUAAUUACAUGAACCCUUAAAAAUGGAAGAGGAUGCAGGAGUCAGAUUCAAAGGAAGGCCCAAGGUGCUAUUGCUGACGUGAAGAUAGAGGGGCCAUGUGGAAAUCAAGAGAAGGAAGUGAAUCCUGCCAGUGAGCUUGGAAGAGCACCUUGAGGCACAGAUGAGAAACUUGGCCUUACCUGAUGCCUUGAUUUUAGCCUGGUGAGACCCUGAGCAUAUAAAUUUGCUGUGCUAUGCCACACUUCUCACCUACAGAAACUCGGUUUAAAGCCACUGAGUUUGUGGUAAUUUGUUACAGCAGCAAUAGAAAACAAAUAGAGGAAUACAUACAGAAUUUGUUGGCUUUAGGCCCCUGAGGGUAGAGAUUUAUGACUUGUGUUACAAGUAGAGAGCAGUGGAGAGUUGGGCUUUGUAAUUCUUUCAAGGGCGAUUGUAGUUCUGGAGUCCUAUCUACCUGGGUUCAGAUCUUUGUUGGCCAGUCCCUGGCUAUGUGACUUCACUGCUUUAAGCCUCUGUCUUCAUCCUUAAAGUGGAGAUGAUAGUACCUACCUCUCUCUGAUCUCUGAAUGAGAACACAUGUAAGACACUUAGCACAGUUCCUGGUGCUCAAAGAGUUCCAACACCUGAAAGCACCAUGGCCCCGUUUGUUUUUCAGUCAAGAUUUCUAAAAGUCGUUAUUACCAGAGGUUCAGUGAGAACAUGGGCAGGGUAAACUCAAAAUGGAGAACAUAAAAACUGGGACUCCUAGACCAGUCACUUAGAAGACUGCUACAGGAAGUACCAAGUUCAUUAAGAACCAGUAAUAAUAAGUAAUCUGUGAAUCCAUUAGAAUGUUGAGAAGUAGACCUUUGACAUUUCAGAAAAAUGUAUAUCUCAGACACAGCCAUGUGUAUCGUUAUCCCCAAGUUGGAAGAGCAUCACAGGGCAUAGUUUCACAAAAGCUUCAAAAUAUAUACUAAUUGCUGGUAAUAUGUGAACUAACAGAAAAAAAUAGCCAUGUUAAAAUAGGAGUGCCUGACAGUUAGCUCUGUUCAUCUUGUCUCCUAGCUGUAAGCACCCUAAAUUCAAAUUAUGCACCUAGAAAACUAAAUUACUAUGUAUGUUAUAGGCCUUUGAAAUGGAUACAUGAAAAUUAGUGAAAUCAGAAUGAACGUUUCGCCUGCCAAAGAUAUGUAUUUUUAUAAGUGAUACAAGGGCCCCAUGAGUUCCAUGGCCACAUCUGUACAAAACAGGCCCUCCUUUCAGGAACUGGUCUCAAGAGAGCAAAGGGGUCAGCUCCCUAAAUGGCAGCUGAGACAGUCCUCCCUGGUGGCAUGGCCCUGUUUCCUGUUGAUGUGGUGAUAGUUGGAGAGUCAAAUUUUUACCAGAAUUUGUGACCAUCAUCUCUGGUUAAUGAUUACACAAAAGCUUUUAAAAUUUUUAAAAAUUAUUUCUAAUUCUAUAAAUAAACUCUGCAGUUGUACAGCCACUGUACAGCUAACAUCUCAACACUGGAAAUGAGGCUGGUUUCUUCCAGUUUGGCUCAGAUUCUUCAGGGAAGCCCAGUUAAGACAAACAGCUCUCUAUACUCAAUCCUUACUUCGCUGAGAAGAUACAGGCCUGCCCACUUGCUCCCACCUACUCUUCAUGAGGAGUCCUUCAUUCCUGCAUGUUUCCUGUUCUUUGGGACCUUUAGGAGCUAACCUCCACAGAUGUUGAUAGUCUGUGGAGUCAGGAAUACCAUGUAACAUGUUAAAGUAGACUAAAGAUUAGUUCUUUGGCAAUAGCCCAGUCUGGACUUACUAUGUACUUUUGAAAAUAAAACUGCUUAUUUGUAAACUCUGUAAUUAGGACCUUUUGCCAUUUGAGUUAUAUUCCUUUCUAACUUCAAAUGUCUGCAUUAAUGUAUAGUAGCCAUUUUAUGCACAGAUGAGGUGAUUCCCACACUUUUUUUCACAGAUGUUUCAUUAUCUGGAUGAGUGUAUUACAUAUUAAAUUUGAAUAAUGGUAGUCUUCCAAAUGACAAAAAGCAAGCUAGUUGAUUUAUCAAUUUUGAGUUUAAAUGUUUUGACUGCUUAUCAGCAAAAAAAAUCAAAGAAUAGCAUACUAAUAUUAAUGGAAAUGCAGAGUAUAUUUAAUUGACAUGAUUUUUUCAUGGAUAUGUGUGCUUCAUUUGAUCUAUUGUAUGUAGCUCGUGAUCACAUUUUCUGUUGGUUAACAUUGUUCCUAGCUUAUAUGAUGGAAUUAAAUAUAUUCUGUGUAAAAA